UAGAGCAGGCCAUCCCGGCAUCCCCUGCUCGCUCUGCUCUUUGUCUUCACUCUGACACUGGCAAGGAGCAGGAGGUUAGAUAUUUUAUUCUCUUUCUUCUAUCACUUGACUGUAACACAAAAGUAAUAUUUUGUGACACAACUUUAUUUAAACGACCAAAAAGAUGUCAAUUUUGCAAGAUAUUUGGGAUUUGCAAAUUGGGAUCGGCAAGAACAAUGUGAUCAGACGGAGAGAAGGCAUUUUAAAAAAGCUAAUCACAUCCCCAUGCAGAGAAUUUAAAAUUACCAGUGAAAUGUUCAACCGUGGCUCCAAUAUUUUUACUUUCUUGCAUUGUGGAAGACUUUUUAGACAGCAGCAAAAAGAGGUGCACUGCAGUUGUGCUUACCCGAAUUUGGCCGGUUCAACAAAAAAGAAGAAACAGAAAAUCGAGCCACCGCAUCACAUGCUUUUUAAAUUUCCAUGCAACUUCAAAUGCAAGGAUCUAGUUAUUUGGAGCCCAGACUCACCAUCAUCAACUGAAAACCUGAUUCGACUUGGAGAGAAACACUCAACCUCAAUGUUGUAUUUAGAGAACUCCAAGUUUUUGGUUCGACGAUGUUGCCUCAGCGGGCAAACAAAGGAUAUAAUUUUCCUCUCAAACACUUUGAAAUUCAACGAGAUGACGUCCGAUUCAGAAUCAGACCUGAUCGCCCUGAAAAGUACAAGAUUGAAGGGUCCUACCAAUCGGGACCUUGAUGCUGUGUUCACCAUUGCUGUAUUUUCCUCACCUCCCUUGCGAUUUGUUGCUAUGUUCGAGGUCAAAAGCUCCAUUUUCGGGAAGAAAAUUCAAGAUGUAGGCGUUGGACAAGGACUGAUCUUCAUUCGCUAUUACGACGACAGAGUAGCCCUUUUCUCCUUAGUAUCUAUUUUGAAUAAUUGUAUUGUAACCAAAGUUGAAGACAUGGACAAAAACGAACGAUGGAAAAUUGGAAGGGAGCCUUUUGGUCUCCCGAUGAACGCAGUUAUUUCAGAGGGUCUCCCAUCACUUUUUGAGGUUCAGUCAUACCAAGGUGAAUUAGUCAUUGGUGCUAAUCCCUGGCAUUACAUCACUAAAACUAGCAUCAAUCAGCUCCAGAUCCACAACUUAAAUACCAUGAAAAUUGUCACAGAAGUCGAGUUCUCCAGGCACUUUGCUGGAAUGGAAGUGGAGCAUUUGUUUUUUCAUCCGGAUGAUACGCGUAAGGCCAUUCACGUUUGCAACAACAAACUCAGAGUGUAUCUGAUCACAGAUGACGGUCUUAAAACAUUGCUAUUGCACGAAGAAGAGAUGCCCAAAUGGUACUCAUCCCUGAGAAGUACAAAUGACACCACUAGAUCAGGAAGGACUGUUAGAAAAAGUCUGGCUGCCAGAGAAGCUUUGGAGUCACAAAUACUAGAAGAGGAGAACACCCUUACACAUGAUCUCUCAAUAAGUCUGGAUUCAGAAUCAAAUAUUCUAGCCAUUUUUGCUAUCAUUGCCAAGGGACCAGAGCAAAUCAGGAUGCUCCAUAUUGCACUCUACGAUAACUCGACUGGGAAACUUGUGCGGAAAAUCCCUUUGGAGAUGGCUUACUCCUCCUCUUUAUUCAACGUCACAUGCAACCUCACCCUGGAUGGAGUCAACAUCCUUGCUGAGGUGAGAGACAAAAGUUUUAUGAAUGGCUGUCUCCUCAAUUUAGUUGAGAUCUUUUGAAUUUCCUCCCAAGAAAGUAAAUAAAAGAUCAAAUUGUA